CUGGACAAGGCCUUGUUUCCUUAAUAUGGCUAUCUCUAUCUCUAAUGCUCUUUGGUACGACUAAAGUCCGUCCUGUAAUUGUUCUAGGUGCCAUUAAUAGCUGACACUAUAUGGGCAGUCUUUCUGAUUUAAAUUUAAAUGUGGUUGUCUGAAUCUAUCGCUUUAAGUUCGACCCUAAAUCAGCUGGAGGCGCUAUUGAGACUGACUGAGGAAGCAGGAAACCUUGGGAAAGCCUAUUCGUUCUAAGUAGCAGUGUAUUCACUUAUGAGUUUUGCAUUUAAGUUGAAAUGCAGUGCACGCAAAUAUUGAUCGUGUUCUCAGCAGUUUUACUUGUUUGUUUAGCAAGUGACCGAAAAUUAAAAGAAAAAACCGUCUCCAAGCCCGUGCGGCUGAUAACCGAAGAAGAGUUGGAGAUUUACGAUGGAAGUCAGGAUGGGCAGCCUGUUUACAUGGCGAUAAAAGGAGUAGUGUUCGAUGUUACUAAAGGAAAAGAGUUUUAUGGCAAGGGUGCACCAUACAAUGCCUUGGUGGGGAAAGACUCUACAAGGGCUGUUGCCAAGAUGUCCCUUGAUCCAGAGGACUUGACUCAUGACACUGCUGGUCUGACAAAGGAACAGCUUGAGUCUCUGGACCGUAUAUUUACUGGAACCUACAAAGCUAAGUAUCCCAUUGUGGGCUACACAGCACGCCACAUGCUCAACGAAGAUGGAAGCCCCAACAAGGACUUCAAACCAGAAGACCAGCCUCAUUUCACUUUAAACGAUGAGUUAUGAUUAAAUGGCCUCUUGUGUGAUUUCACAGAGUUACAAUCAAAGUGAAAACAUUGUGUCAAAUCAGGGUUUGGAUUUGUGUCAUACCAGGGCAGUGGUUAUUAUGUCUGUGUGUGUGAUGUCUCAGAACUUUAGAUGGCCAGUAGGGGCAGUAUCGUUGUGGGAAGGGAAAUGACAGGGUAGUCUGUGAGUGCGUCUGUGUGUUCCCUCUGCCAAAUACAUUUUAAGCAAAGAAACGUUUAAGCAAUCAGUAAGUUCAGAAUUGAUUUACACUGAGAAGACAUUCUUUGUACCUUUGAAAAAAUCACAUUACUCUCUGAUUUUAUCUCCAUUUGUCUCUGAUGGUAAUACAUAGGUCUCUGACAAAUAGCUGAGGCAAUUACUCCAGAAUAUCAAUGAGACAUCCAAUCCAAUAAUCUAGUUAACUAGUAUGAACUAGUUUUGUUCUGUCUAGACCGACCGUCCGUCCUUUGCAUCUUUUCACUUGUUUGUGGAGGUGGAGGGUGAAAUGCUUGUGGUGGUCUAUCCCCCCACACACUGGUUAGAUGAUGCAUGUUGGUUUUUUCCCCCUAGUGGGCUUUUCCAGACCAGCCCCUUAGCGUGGGGGAGUGGCAGAAACACCUGUGAACUUCUUUUGAUACGUUUAUAUUAUGAUUUUUCAUUAUUAUUUUUAUUUUAUUUAUACAAACAAGAUGAUUAAAAUGUAAUUUGAUAAA